AUGUCCGCCCACCCCGCCCCCGCCGACUGGCAGGCCCGCUGCGACGCCCGCAAGCAGGCCCAGCUCGACGCCAUCCCCCCAGACUGGCGCAUCGCCUUCCCCCCGCUCACCGUCGACCGCCGCAACGUCCUCGACGUCCCCCGCACCUGCGGUCUCCUCACCCCGCGCGAACUCGAAAUCACCGACACCACCGACAUCGACGUCCUCCUGCUCAACCUCCGCACCGCAAAGUGGUCCGCCGUCGACGUCACCACCGCCUUUUACAAACGCGCCAUCGUCGCCCAUCAGCUCACCAACUGUCUCACCGAGAUAUUCGUCGACCGCGCUCUCGCACGCGCGCAGGAGCUCGAUGACCACCUGCGUGUGUCCGGCAGUCCAGUUGGGCCUCUCCACGGCCUCCCCAUCUCCCUCAAGGAUCAAUUCUCGAUCAAAGGGCUCGAGACAAUCAUGGGCUAUGCCGGCUGGAUCGGCCGCUACGCCGAGUCGGACUGCGUGCUCGUCGAAAUCUUGUACGAGCUUGGCGCAGUGCCUUUCGUCCGGACAAACGUUCCCCAGACGCUGAUGUGGGGCGAGACGCACAACCACGUCUUCGGGCGCACGACGAAUCCGUACAACCGGUACAUGACGCCUGGCGGGUCCUCCGGCGGGGAGGGCGCACUCGUCGCGCUGCGCGGAAGCCCGCUCGGCGUCGGGACAGACAUUGGAGGAUCGGUCCGCAUCCCGAGCGCGUUCUGCGGCCUAUACGGCCUGCGCCCGUCGUACGAGCGGCUCCCGUACCACGGCGCGGCGAACUCGCUCGAGGGCCAGGAGAGCAUCUCGUCCGUGCUCGGCCCCAUGGCGAACUCGCUCGCCGCGCUGCGCGUCUUCACGCAGGCGGUGCUCGGCGCGCGCCCGUGGCGCCGCGACCCGCUCGUCGUGCGCAAGGACUGGGACUGGCGCGAGUACGCGCUCGCGGAGCACGGCGGGCGCGGCGCGCGGAUGUGCUUUGCGGUGAUGUGGGACAACGACGUCGUCAGGCCGCACCCGCCCGUCGUGCGCGCGAUGGAGGAGGUCAAGCGCGCGCUGGAGCGUGCGGGGCACCGCGUCAUCGAUUGGGAGCCACACCGACACAUCGAGAUCUACAAGAACGCAGAGACCAUCUUCGCCGCGGACGACGCGCACGACAUGCUCAGCGCGUGCGCGCUCUCGGGCGAGCCGCUCAUCCAGAGCAUGAGCCCCACCGUCGACGCACACGCGUACGCGCUCGACGAGCCGUUUGCACGGACGGUCCUCUGGCAGCUGCACAAGGAGAAGCGCGCGCUGCGCAAGUCGCACCUCGACCACUGGGAGGCGACGGCGGCGCGCACGGGCACGGGCCGCGCGGUGGACGCGAUCAUCAGCCCCGUGGAGCCGUACGCGGCGUGCCCGCACGGCUGCAACUCGGACGCGUUCUACACGACGCUGUGCAAUGUGCUCGACUACGCGGCGGUGGUUUUCCCGGUGACGCACGUCGACGGGGCGCGGGACGCGGCCCAGCCGCCGCAUGCGUUCCGGAACCAGGAGGACAAGGCGGUCUACGAGAUGUACGACCCGCAGCUGUUCCACGGCCUGCCUGUCGGGCUGCAGCUCAUCGGGCGCACGCUGGAGGAAGAGGGGGUCCUGGCGAUGGCGGAGGUGGUGGACGCGGCGCUGAAGGCUGCGCAGUCGACCUGAUCAGAGCGGUACUGUACAGCAAGAGUAAGGGAAGGCACAACGAUAUAAAGGAUACAAUGUACGCUGCAGGCAUGACGCAAUACUAUCGAAUGUGGAACACGGUGA